CCAAUCCCUUCAAGACAACACAGAUAAUUUAUAUAGUACUGCAAGAAGGGAAAAAAAAAACUAACCCAGAAAUACAUGAAACAAUACACGUCGUAUGUGGGUCGCAUGGCGUGUGGUACUACCGUGUUUAGUCGUUUGGCUGUCUCUGUUUAUCUGACCCUGACAGGCGCACAAGGAAAUGGGCACCACGUGUAGUCAAGGGCCAACGCGGCAUUCCCGUCUGAUGGCAGGGUAGUCCGGUGCUGACAUCCAGUCGGACCUAAGAAAGACCCCGGGGGGGAUCGUUGGAGACCAGUUGUAGCUUGGAACCAAGAGCGGGCUCGUUAAAACAUCGUCACAGUUCCUGCUCCUGUCUAGGAGAGGAUCGAUUUUCUGGAGGAGGGAAAACGUAAUAGAACAGAGCUUGUGCUUUUUAAAUUCCCUCUUUGGGCUGAUUAUCGACAACCUUGUAUUCAGGCCACAAGACUGCAGCGAUUUUUUAAAAAAAUAUUCCAUAAAACUGAAUAUCUUGUUUUAAAAAAAAAACGAAACCAAACUGCCACGGGGUUUUCCCCUUUGUGGUUAGUUAACUCUGGAUAUUUUGUUCGAGGCACAAGCGAGUAGAACUUUUGGGGAACUGUAUUUCUGAAGAGGUUGAAGACAACAGUGAAUUCUGAAGUGAAUCCCUUUAAGUACUUAGAUGCGUAGCUCUAAUUUGAUUAACAGUAAACGAUGAAUCGUUGUAAGGUCAGCUGGUGAAUAGGAUUAUACAGUUAUUACUUGAACGUUCAGGAUUACUGUAGACAGCUCAUGUGCAUCAUUCUGUGAUGGCCCGGAUCUCACCAUGCGGGUAAUGGGUGGGGGCCAUUCUGUACAAAUUGUCAUGGUAGGGCUAGAGGGGACAGGAAAGACAACUCUGUUGUACCGCCUGAAGUUUGGCCAGUACACCAGCUCCAUCCCUACGAUUGGCUUCAACUGUGAAAAGGUUGAAGUUCAAGAAGGCAAAGCCGGGGGAGUAACCUUCACCAUUUGGGAUAUCGGAGGUAAGGAUAAUAUGAGGCCACUCUGGAAAUCCUACCUCAGGUCCGCCAAUGGGAUCCUGUUUGUGGUGGACAGUAGUGACCGUGAGGGUUUAGAGGAGGCUCGGAUGGAGUUGGUCAAACUGGUCAAGACACAAAAUCCUCAAAAUAUUCCAACACUUGUGGUGGCCAACAAGCAAGAUCUGCCAUCUGUCAUGUCUCUGGACGAAGUGGCCAAGGGUGUUGGAGUGGAUGAGCUGUCUAGGUCCCACCCAUGUCAGAUCCUCCCGUCCUGUGCUGUCACAGGAGAGGGCCUGGCGGAAGCCAUGGAUGUCAUGUAUGAGAUGAUUAAAAAGUGGAAGAAAGGGAAAGGCAAAACAAGAUAGCACUGGACUAAUCUUAGCCUAGAAUAAUGGUAGCACUGGA